CACCAACCACUCAAAAAAAAAAACCCAACCAAAUCCUAACUCUGCAACUGCAACUCACCUUGCUCGUCCCCGUUGCCGGCGGCAGCGUCGCCGCCGCGACCGUAUCCCUUCGCCGGCGGGGCGCGAGGCCCUGACCUUUCCCUCCGCGCUGAAUACGUGCGGCUUGGCCGUGCCACCGCGUUCUCGGGAGUUUGGAUCUUGGCUGUCCUCGUAGCCGCCCCCGCAUCCCUAUUGCUCGUGCAGUCGUGCUCCUCCGAAUUCGCCGGCUGCCGGUGUCCCGGCUCGGCCACAGCCCGCAGGACCAUGGUACAAGAACAGAAAGGAGAAACAUCCAGUGGCAUGUAUACUUACAAGCAUCAUGGUGACAAGGGAGUUGAUAUCCAUGAGAUUUUCGUUAAGAAGAGCAGAACCCGUGUUCUGCUGUCAUACUGUGGCCUCAUUUUACUUCUAGCAAUUGUCUGCCGAUCAUUGCUGGGAAAGGAAAAGUUGUGUCUUGAGUCAGUGUGGAGUGUUACCUUUGGAAUUCUGGUUGCCAAAUGUUUGCAAUACAAACCAGUGAAGAAAGAGUCAGUAGUGAUAAUGCCAUCUUUUGGGGUUCAGCUAGAAAUACAUUUUUGGAGCGGAAGAGUUGAUCGUCAUUUUGUGCCAAUUGGCAAGAUUCUAAAGCCACUGCUGAACGAGUGUGUGACACCCGUGACCUGUUACUGGAGCUUGGCGUUGCUUCUGCGUGAUGAGGAGGAGCUCAAGCUAGUUUUCCAGAAAUUUCGCCCACCUGUCAAAAUGUUGGUCCCUAUCUGGAGAGCUCUCUGUGCAUUCACAGACUCUGAAUGCACAAGCCGGCAUUCUACAGUUUCUAAACCGAAUCGUUCAGAAGCGUGACUGUGCUGGCGAUCUGUUGUGAUUGCGACGUUCGGCAAAGCGGAUGCAGCUGAGCUUAGAUGCCAAACUGAGCUAGAGGUAGGUCUCACUAGUGUGAGGGGCACUAAUUGUUAGGAUGAACGCCUGCAGAUUUUCAGACGUGGGUGUACAGUGUACUGCACUUAACAGCUAUACGGCCGAUAGUUCUCAAAUAGUACAAAAUAUCGUCCAUGUUCUGAAUUGUUCCUUUGGCGACAAUGCAGGCCACCAUGGGAUCUACGCCAUCAACCUUUUGAUUUUGAAAUCUUGACCAGUGGUAUAGUUAAAAGUAUUUGGUUGUCUAUAUGAAAAUGAUUGCCGGAUUGUUUCUUAUUAUAAGCCAUGGUUUUGUUUCCUGAGACUUUUUCGUAAUAAUAUGUUUCUUUUUCUGAUUA